AUGACGGUGACGGUGGCUAUGACGAUGGAAGAAGACGAGGACGCUGAAAUAGAGCACGUUUACGUUGCUCAUGAAAUUGAUCUCGAUUACGAAUUCGACGCAGCUCGUUUCUUCGAUUUCAGUCGACCAGAAACUCCCGUUGAAGCUCAUCAAGCUGAACUUUGGUUUCAAAAUGCCCCAAACUACCCUCCUUCUCCUUUUGUGGCGAAGUUAGUGGUGAGAGAGGAUUUUGACUUGGACGAUGUUAACGACUCAACGAAAUCGAGGAAUGUUGAUUGUAUGAGUACUGUGUAUGAUGAUGAUAAAGGACUCGGUCCUACUGUUCCUUCUCAGAUUGAACUUUCCGACAUUGUUAAUGGACAUACCUCUGGCAACAAAGCAACCGGUAACAGUUUGAAUUCUAAUUUUAAACCUUCUGUGCUGAAGGGUUCAACAUUAAUAAAACCUAAAGCUACUCAGUUGGCUAGGAAAAAUCGUCCAGCCAAAAAUGUUGCUUCAAGAUUUCGGAAGCCACUAUCUCAGAAUGAAAUGAAUUUAUCUAUCUCCUCUGGAGUAGAAAAUCAAUCUGCCAAACGGCAAAAGUUAGAGGGUGGUCAUUUGUGCAAGGUUACUGAUGUGAAGCAGCAAACUGAUUUUGUGCACAAGACACCUAUGAGGGGUCUCACUGUUGAACAAAACUCUGCUUGUCCCAAGCUGAAACUUACUAUUCCCAGAGAGCCUGACCUUAAAACCGCACACAGAGCACAAAGGAUAAGACCCAAAAUUGAAGAGGCAGAGUACACGACCGAGGCUGCCCCCAGGUUCAAAGCACGUCCAUUAAAUAGAAGGAUUCUUGAUGCUCCUUCGUUGCCGCUUCUCAAAAGGAGCACUCCGCGCUUGCCAGAAUUUCAAGAGUUUCACUUGAAGACUUUGGAGAGAGCCAUGCAACACACAUCUGCUACCUCAUCUUCACUUCACUGCAAUGAUUCUGAAAAGGGUUGGGACAAGCAUACUUCUGUUUCUGCUCUUGAACAUAGAAUCAAGGAUGCCAGAAGGCCUACUGCCAUGGGUGCCCCAAAGCAUGAUGGAUUGGGUUUUACUCAUAUUUUUAAAGCUCAGCCUCUUCAUAAGAAGAUACUAUCUAGUAAAGAGCGUGGUGGUGUUGUACAGACCAACAAGGAGGAAACAACAGUGCCAAUGGAAUUUGAUUUACACACUGAAAAGGGGAUUCAGCAUAAUCCUCCUAUUGAACUAUUUAGCAAGUUGUCUCUGACAUCUGAAGGCCAACCUAAUAAUGGAUCUCAUUUCCAACUGCCUCAACAAUCCAGGAUGUGCAGAAAGGGCAAGGAUUCAAAAGAAAAUAUAUUAAAUUCUUUUCGUCCGAACCAAGAGGAGAAGGCUUUUACUUUCGGGGCAAAGAAAAUUCAUCAUGGGAAUGAUGGUUGCCAUAGUCUGUUAAGUGCAAGGAGGUAUGUACCACUGAUGCUACUUUUGGAGCUUGGGAAUUCGGUGACAGUAAGGAGGAAAUGUGCAGCCAGCUUUUUUUUGGGCAUCUGA